AUGCGUAAUGUUGCCAUUUCUAUGCGCAAAACUCCUCACCGGAAACGGCGAACUUACGACGCACGGAGGGAAUCGUGCAAGUUGGCUAUUGUGGCGCCAUCUACAACUGUCCGUUACACUGACACGGUUCCGGCUUCUCUUCAAACAGUCUCGAGCUGUCAACUUGGAAACGGAUGCCUUGGAGUUUCCUUGAGGGUUCCUUUUUAUUUAUUCAAUUCUCAAGUAGAUUUAUUGAGAUUUGGUUUGGCAAGAUCCUGGGCGCCGCCGCCCAACGCGCCAGUGCGCGCCCGCCCAGCCCCGACACUCAACGUCGGCUCGUCAUACAACACACCCGCUAUUAACGAUCAUUAUUUAAUCGAAAACGAGCACGACACACCGUUCUGGCAGUCCUUCGUACGGUCUCUAAAAGGAUCAGAAGACAUCAGGGCGGAGGAGAGAUACAGGCCAUCUCGCCGCAGCGUUUUCCCUGAACUCCUCUCGACCUACCCUUACAGCAAAUCUAUCUAUGACGACCCCGUAGCUGCCGCUGAAAGGAUCACUGUCCCCGGUUACCGUUACCUGCCAGUCCACCGCGAAGUCUACGGCUACUCCCCCAGGCCGAUCUACGCGCACAACUACCCUCGCUCUCUGGAAGCGUACAGGCCAAUCUACCACGUGCCCAGGCGUAUCCGACGAGGCGUUGACCCCUUCGACGCCCACAAAGCGUGGCAGGACCACCUCGACAGACUGGCCGCCAUCGACCGCUUAUAUCCUUCCCGCUACGGACUCUACCUGAAGGACAGGGCAUACCCCAUCACCGACUUGAGCGCUCCCAUCGUCGACCCCCUCAACCCAAAGAGCCUUAAAGGCAUCGAAUAUGAACCCGACAACAAACCUAGCUGGGGAACAGGAUCUUGGCCAUCGCGGUUAUCGGACACGUUCAGUAAGGAUCCAUUUUUCGCUGACGCCGAAAAAUGGGCUGGGUUCGAUCGGUCUCUGCGAGGGAAAUCACCGACACCCGUGAAGCCAAGGAUUAGCGUUCCCCGCGAUAGCGAGGUCGCAUUCGACGCGGACGGUGCGCCGUUGUACAACGCUGGUGGAUUGAGACGCAGACCGUGGGCUGACAUUUUCAACCCAAGCCCGUCUCUACCAAUUUCUGCUAUCACGAGGGAUCCAUUCUGGUACGAUUGGCCCGAGCUGAGACCCAUGGCGCGGUGGGACCGCAGCCCCUCCUACAUCCGAGACUCAUAUCUGUCUCCAGUUAAACGCACCUUCCUCUGGGACAAACAUCCGAUCCGGCCCCUAGCUGCUGCUUUUUAA